AUGAGUGUAAACAAGGCCUUGGAAGGAAGCCAUGAGGUCACCCACAUUAACUCCCACAGUGGUAAUCCCAACAGAGUUCUACGUGGAGUCCACAUCGUCCACAUCCUCCCCAUCAUCCACAUCGUCCACAUCCUCCCCAUCAUCCACAUCGUCCACAUCCUCCCCAUCAUCCACAUCGUCCACAUCCUCCCUAUCAUCCACAUCGUUCACCUACGGAGUGUCUGCUGGCUGAGAGAGAGCGUGAGAGGCAGAGGAGGGGCUUUUAAGCACUCAGGUGCCUCCCCCACAGGGAUUGCUGUUGUGCUGCUGUUUCCCGUCCUGCUCCUUUUGCUCGUUUUGAUACUCAAGAAAGCAAAGUGUCGCAGAGGAGGGGACCCGACUGAAGUCAAGAAAAAUGUGAGCUUUUUACCACCAUACAAGGACAAGAAUGUGGAUGAGCUUUUAGCUGUCCGCAUACAGGAGGCUCCGCUGCAGUCAGUGCUGGAUAACCUGGACGUCCUCGAGGAGCUCGUCAUGCUGCUGGACCCCGACAGCUCUGUUGCCAAGACAACGCGCCACGUGGCAACGCACUGCUCUUUCUCCGCCACGUGGAUCAACUACGCCUACUCCAUGAGGACACCAGAGCCCCUAAAGCCGUGCGGCGCACACGUUCCCAUGACUCGUUCCUCGCCACGUGGAUACGGCGCAACGAUGCGGUGGUCUGGCCUCCCACUUCGAGGGACACCUUGCUAA